CGAAGGAUGAGGCAUGACACAUAAAAGAGAAGAGCGUUUAUUUUUCGCUUUGCUUUAGCGCUGCGCCUUUCUUGCUUUUUCCUCUAUUUCUGUUUUUCUCAGAGCUUGGCUUGUUUUUCCAUAGCUGGUAUGAAGAUGCAGGCGUAAGGACAUGAAGUAGUGAUAUGGCUCUGGAUAUGGAGAGGACGGUGUCUAAAAUCAUGUUUGACUUCCAGAGGAACUCGACCUCUGAUGACGACUCCGGCUGCGCGCUGGAGGAAUAUGCCUGGGUGCCGCCCGGCCUCAAACCUGAACAGGUUCAUCAGUACUACAGGUUUUUCCCAGAGGAUAAAGUUCCUUAUGUGAACAGCAUCGGUGAAAAGCAUCGAAUCAAGCAACUCCUUCAACAGCUGCCACCGCAUGACAACGAGGUUCGGUACUGUACCUCACUGGAUGAAGAAGAGAAGCGUGAAUUAAAGAUCUUCAGCAACCAACGAAAGAGAGAUAACCUGGGCAGAGGCACCGUCCGACCUCUGCCCCUCACCAUAACUGGAGCUAUCUGUCAACAGUGUGGGGAGCAGAUUAAGGGUGGUGAUAUCGCAGUGUUUGCAUCGCGGGUAGCUCAUGGCUUGUGUUGGCAUCCUCACUGCUUCGUGUGCGGCGUCUGCUCGGAGCUCCUGGUGGAUCUGAUCUACUUCCAGCUGGAGGGCAAGAUCUACUGCGGCCGGCACCAUGCUGAGCGCUUGAAGCCCCGCUGCUCCGCCUGUGACGAGAUCAUCUUUGCGGACGAGUGCACCGAGGCAGAGGGCCAGCACUGGCACAUGAAGCACUUCUGCUGCUACGAGUGCGAGGCUCCGCUCGGCGGGCAGCGCUACAUCAUGCGUGAGGGUCACCCACACUGCUGCAACUGCUUCGAGAACCUGUACGCCGAGUACUGUGACUCUUGCGGAGAGCACAUCGGUAUAGACCAAGGUCAGAUGACAUAUGAGGGUCAACACUGGCAUGCCACUGAAGAGUGUUUCAGCUGUGCCCGCUGCAAUCAGUCUUUGCUGGGUCGUCCCUUCUUGCCGAAACAAGGUUUGAUCUACUGUUCACGUCUCUGCAGCCAAGGGGAUGAGGCCGAGCUGUCAGACUCCUCAGACUCUGCUUUCCAGAGUGCCCGCUCCCGACAGUCACACCACAGUGCUCCAGUUGGCAAGGACGGGUCAAAAGGGAAGGGUGAAGCUGUACGACAGACCUCCUCUGGCCCCACAACACUGUCUGGUGAUGCAGAGCCUCUGGCAGUACAGAUGGACUUGCUGAGCGUGGCCAGCCCAGCACCCAGCCGCACACCCCACCGCACGCCAACCAGAACCCCCAGCAGGACCUCUAGUCGGUCUCCAAGCCUUAACCGUGAGCAGACAGUUUGGGUAAACAGGGACGAACCUUACUCCUAUGAGUCUCAAAGAGAUUCAUCCACACCACCAAAUCCCCAUCAGCUACGAAGCCAAUGUAGCAUCCGUACCGCAUACCCUCCUUCUCCCAAUCAGCCCCAAAACAUAGUGAGCAGUCCAGAAGCAUGGUCCAAAGAGCCGCCUGGAGGAAACUCCAAGAAGCCUCCAGUCAUGGCCGCACUGAGGGGACACUCUUUCAAUGAGAACUGGAUGCAUCACGGCCAGGAACCAGAGUUUCACCCUCCAAAGCUCAAAACACAAAUGAGCUUCAAUGAGGUUUCGAGCCGUAAUUCUGGAUUCUUGGACAAGCGCAGUAUUAGUGUGCAGGGUUUUCCUCGAGAGAUGCGUCCUCCAUUGCUAAGAAGCAGGCACCAAUUUGGGCCAAACUUUGGAGAACUUACGCCACUCGAACAAACACCACGAGGUUCUGCUGACUCCCUGGCCCUUUCCUACACUACAGCAGGAAACUCUUUAGAUGGGACCAGCAGGCGUCAGGAGCACUUCUCCCGAUUUUCUAUGCCUGACCUGAGUAAAGACUCUGGAGUAAAUGUUUCUGAAAAAGGCACCGUGGGCACUUUAAACUCCUCAGCGCAGUUCCGCAGUACUGAAUCCCUGAGCUCUGUCCCCAGACCCCUCGCUGAUAUCGGCAUGCCCGUUCGUCUAAGGUACCCUCCUCCUCUAUACUGGGAUUCACCCCGAGGUCUGAGCUUCGAGAACCCAGUCAAAGGUCGCAUCGGUCUCGCAGGAAGCAUGUCCUGUAUGCAGGAAGGUAAUGCCCAAGCAAUGACACCAAGGCCAAGACGAGCUCAAACACAAAACUCCCCCCGACAGCAGCGGCAGCGGCAACGCCAUCACCGCAAAAACCACAAAAGUCAGAAAUAUCAGUACCGCUCGCGCCGCUCUCGCUCAGACAACGCCUUGCAUUUAGCUACUGAAGAUCAGAGUUUUCCCGGAGACCCCAUUCAUAGAUUUCACAACGACUUCGAGCGACCGUCCUCAUCGAGACUCUCGCACAACCUCUUUGGAGCUAAUUAUGGUUAUCGGCAGCAGUUCUUUAGGCCAUGCCCUCGAACCACCUCUGACCUCACCUUGCAGGAUCCCGGAGGUCCACAGAUUGGACAGUACAUGGGUAGGUACGGAGAAGCGGUUGAGGAUGAAGAUCAGUUUUGCUCCACCUGUUCCUCCUCUUCAGAGGCAUCAGAUGAUGAUGCUUAUCUCCCGGGUGAAGGCAUUCCCCGGCCGGUGCAGCUGCGAUACUUCGACAAUGAGGAGUUGCGACAUCGUUAUAGUCCUACAUUAGUGGGAGGUCACACACAGCUACAUACUCGCAAACGACGGAAGAGCAAGAACUGCAUUAUAUCAUAAGCGGAGGGUAAUGUGAUCAUCUGAGUGAGAUCAGCAGGAGUGAGUACAUUCAUGUACCUUAUCGUUUUGAUGUAACAUCAUAAAAGUUUCACCUUGCUGUAAUUACCUGUUAAUAUGAGCAAAAAUAUAUUUGCUAUUGUGUUAAAUUAAAAGUGAAUACCUUAAAGUCACUAUUUUAGAUGUCCAGACUCAAGAGUAGGAACUCAACGUCAGUACACUUUAAUUUCUGAGGUUCAUAUUCUCCAUAUGUUGAUGAACACCUUAAUUUUUAAUGGCAAACAUAGAUAAAAGUGCUUUGCUGAAUGAAGGAUACGAGUCUUACUGUACAUAUGUCUUUCCAUUUUCCUUUUUUUGUGUUGCUGUGUCCUUCCCUUUUAUAAUAGCCCAAAGGAUACUAAUUGGAUUCAUUAUAUUUCGCAUUGCCAGCUUAAUUUAGCUUCAUUUAUAAUUAUAUUUAUAUGUAUAUUGAAUUUUUUAAUGAUGAUUUGAUGGUGUGCUGUGGAUCUUUCUCAUGUUGUAGUUUUCCAAGCAUCUGGAGAUUCGGAAUCAACAUGUCUGCCAGUAUUUCGAUACAUCCACAGGCACUCAUCUGUAAUUGUCAAAUCCUCAACCUUUUAUACUCUCAUGCAGCCCAAUAUUAUCACACUUCCAGUGUCCCAUUCAUACCAUCCACAGGUUCACACGCUGGACUUCGAACAAAUUGAAUUUGGUCUCAUGUGAUCAUAGAUUAUAACUAUGCUCCCAGUGAUCUUGAGCUAAAUUUAAUGUCUCAGCUUUUGUUCCAAAGAGGUCUGUGGACACCGUUAAUAGAGGUUGAUUUGAACAAUGCCUUUCCCACUGUCUGAACCCCAGAGAAACUCUGAUUUCCAUUCCUAAUUUGUUCCACCUCUGCAGCGUGUGCCUUUCUGCUUUUCAGAACUGGUAAUGUUGGCACAGGACUGUGCUGUACUCAUGCCUUGAUCAUGAGCUUUAUGUGGGUUUGAUGGGGUUAGGAGUGGCAGUAUUUGCAGAUGUUUUUUUGGCCUGUAUUCUGGUGAUUAAAAUGAUUGAAAGGAAAACUACUGUACAUAUCAACUUAGGAAAACUGCUAUUAUCAAAAAGGUGAAGAAACCUUUAUUCAUUCAACAGUGAAGAGAUAUUGGGCAGGGAUGUACUCACUUCUGUUUCUGCUGUUUGUGUGUUUUUUUUCUCAAAUAUCCAACUCUUGUUGAAAUCCAACUCAAGCAUGUUUCAGUCAUUACAUAAGUCAUAGAUCACGUGUUCUGACCUGAAAUAAUGUUUACUGUGACUGGAGAAUGCACAACGAUCAAAGGUGUUAGCUUAUAUUUAUUUUAAAAGUAUACUGAAUCUUAUCUAUUGCUCAGAACAUGACUUCUGUUUUGUAGAAACUUGUGCAAUAACAAUCUGCGAUAAAGCUUCACUUCUGGACAAGGUAAGAAGUGAAGACUUAGUGUGCACUUAACUUUCAGAAUUAAGAUAUGGAUUUUAUCAUACUCUGAAAUAUCUCAAUACUAUUAAGUUCUAUUACGUUGCUUUUGAAAAGAAUUUUAGAUUCUUGUUCUGCAUAAACCAUGAAAGUGUAUCAAAAAUCUAAUUGCAACCAUUGUCUUACCUGUUUAUACAUUUCAAUUAACUCAUUUAUUUAUUUUGGUUGUGUAUACUUCUAGUCAAGACUUCAAUCCCAUUUUCCCCCUUACUUUUUGGAAUAUUUUUGUGGCAAUACGGUUUACUAUAAUCCCCAUGCUGCUUACUGUUGAUUGUUCUGAAUAGUUUCCUAAUAUGUGCUCUUCAUGGUUUCAACUUGUCAUUUUAAAAUUAAACUUCUUAAAAUGUUUAUCAUUUUGCUGGGCAAUGUUGGUUUAAAUGCAAUAUUCUGUCUUUUCCAAAGUCAUUUAAAUACCAUUUCCAAAUAAUAUCUAGAGAUUAAAUGUUUCCUAAUGACAAAAAUGAAAUAUAAAAAUGAUGUAGUAUUGUAAAAGUUCUGUAAAUAUUGUCUUAAAUAUUUCUAUAUUUUGUAUCUCCAGAUGCAUUAUUUGUAUCAUAUUGUAGAGUGUAGAAACCUGCGGUGACUGCAUGUGUAUCAGCCGUUCAUGUC